AUGACCGCGACCUUCUCUCUCCACUCCAUCCCCUCAACUUCCCUCAACCCGCCACCGCGCAAACCCCCUCCCCCGGCCGCCGCCGCCGCCGCCGGCCAUCUUCCCAUACGGUGCGGCCCCAGAGACAAGCGCGGGCCCCUCGUGAAGGGCCGCACCCUCAGCACCGAGGCGAUCCAAGCCGUCCAGUCCCUCAAGCGCGCGCACCGGGCCGACCCCGCCGCCGCCGCCGCCACGGCCCUCCCCUCCCACCUCCGCCGCUCCCUCACGCGCCUCCUCAAGUCCGACCUCCUCGCCGCCCUCCGCGAGCUCCUCCGGCAGGACCGGUGCGCCCUCGCCCUCCAGGUCCUCGCCGUCGUCCGGUCCGAGUACGGGCCCGUCGAGCUCGCCAUCUACGCCGACGUGGCGUCGGCGCUGGCGAGGCAGGGGAUGGGGGAGGAGAUCGACGCGCUGGUGGGGGAGCUGGAGCAGGAAGGCCCCGUCGACUGGGGCGGCGACAAGGCGUUGCCGAGGCUGCUGAAGGCGGUGAUCGGCGCGGGGAGGAGGGAAUCGGCGGUCAGGAUGUACGGGCUGAUGAGGGGGAGCGGCGGGUGGGGACCGGGGGCGAAGGUGGAGGAUCACGCGGCCAAGGUUUUGAGCCGGGGGCUGCGGAGGAUGGGGGAGGUGGGAUUGGCCGACGAGAUCGACGGGGAGUUCGGCCUCGCCGCCGGCGGCCAUCGCGACGGUGGAGCCGAUCAAGAAGAGAGGGAGGUGUUGAGAGUCUAG